AUGCAGACUACCAGAGCUCUGAACAACUGGAUAUUCUGCCCCUUUUUCAGGUCUCCACAUGACAAAACAAAGCCUCAGGGAACUAGGCCAGUUAAAUUUGAGAAAGGAAUCGCUGAGGAUAGCUAUGAGAGUUUGAAUGCAGCUGGGCAAUCCAGAUUUAUUCUCGAGAACCUUCUGCAUUACGCAGCCCGUCCGAAUUUGGCCUCGUACUAUGAGCCUUCGAAGCCCACCGCACUGCAGAAACUCAUGGCUCGAAACAGGAAACUUUUAAGCUUCAUGCUUAAGGUCACGGAGUAUGAUCAGGAUAAGACGUUACUGAUCAUGACCAACAACCCACCUCCCUGCCUAGUGGACCAGCAAGGCAAGGACAUGACACCAUUAUACUUUUCCAAGGAGUUACUGCUCAAGGAAAGUUAUCACCACAAACCCACUGAGAACUCCUGCCUACCCCUGAUGUUUCAGAAAGGAAAGUUAAGAUCUGGGCUGAAACCAAUCUUUACUCUGACACUUUUGGAGGACCCUACAUCCAAGCGAGAACAAUGGUUUAGGUUUUCCACCAACAAUGAUUUCAAGAGUGAAGGGACGUAUUCAAUGGUCUGCACUUUGAGGAAACAGAAAAAUAUGUACCCUCAGCUCACCUUUGCUCCCUUUUGUAAAGAUGUCCCCAAGAAGUCAGAAAGUGACACGCCGACUUCCAAGAUGAAGUGGGAACCACUAACCCUUUCAUCGCUCCUGAAAGAGAAGCCCACCAGAACCGCGCCAGGGGAGAGCGCCUUCCGCAACGGAAGGGCCCAGCAGUGGGUCAUGAAAAACGCCACUGUCAUUAAGUAA